GUAUCUCAAGGCCAAGCUCUGGGGUACAGGAAGAUAAAAACCCAGGUUCCCAGGCCCUGACAAACAAUACCUAGCACAGCAUCCCUGUCUGGUCACUCCUAUCUCCUCCUGCAGCCAGACGCACAGAACCGACAGCAGCCUUUCGACUGACCCAAAAGCAGUUCAUCUAGCAAACCCUCCAGCUCUUCAGCCAUGUCCUUUGCAUUCAUUGUCAUGACGAUGCUGCUGGGCUCUUCAGUGGUGAUUGCAUUUGUCUUGCAGCCAUCCAAGGAAGAACCUGCAACCUCUGCUAACUCUCCUGUUUCCCAUCACAGGUGCCAUGGUGAGUCACUGCAGUCCAUCAGGAAGGGUCUCCUCAGAGCUCUCAACUUGCAGGCUGAGCCAUGGCUGCCUGCUGGUGGGCUGGACACGGUCAGAGAGCAAUGGCAGAUGACCUUCAGCACCAUUGCUCACAGAGCCAAGGACACUGCAGUUGCAGCAGUCUCUGUGUCACCUGAUUUUGAAAACAGUACAAGCCUGAAGUGCUGCUCCAUGGCCUCUGAGAUCUUCAUGAGAGAUCUGGGCUGGGACAACUGGGUGAUCCAUCCUGCCAGCCUUACCAUCGUUCAGUGUGCACUCUGCAACCCUGAAGUGAACACUGUGAGAUGUCCAUCAUCCCACGUCAAUGUCCAGGAUGCCGACUCACAGGUCCAGGAGCCGUAUUGUCAGCCCACCUCCCAGGAAACGGUGCCUGUCGUCUACGUGGACGAAUCCAGCACCGUCGUCAUUUCCUCUGUGCAGCUGACCCGCAGCUGUGGCUGCGCACCUGGAAACAUCCAUCAGCCCAGCAGAGAGUAAAGUUUGUUUUAUCAGCCUGAGUAUGUGACAUCUGUGAGCCACCUGGUGCACAAACAAAAAACAAAAAAUUCAAAAAAAGUAGAUAUUAUCAUUACGUACAGGCCUGUAUGCUUUUGUACUUUUGCUUUUGUAAACUACUUCUCUGGAGUUUUAGGUGUUAUCUUAGGUCAUUACAAAGUGUGUUCAACAAUGAGUGUGGGAACCUGAGCAAGAACUGUCCUAAGAAUUCAAUUUUGCAUUCCUGUUUCUCUAUUGUAACCAGAAAGAACGAUGCAAGGGGCAGCACAAAUUUGUUGAGUCAGCCAACCACUUAUUAUUAUUUUUUAAUGUUCGCUCUUAUGGUGGUGGUGGGAGCGUGGGGGGGGGGGGGUUAAUGAGCUCACAAACCCAUUAUUGUUCUCAAAUUACAAUCCACUUUAGUGUGCUAUUGUUUUUUAAAUAACAUUUACCAUCAAUCAGGCUUCCAUGGAUUUUGCAGGGUGAUAAAAAAAAAAGAAAAAAAAAAGCGUUUCAGUAGGUAAAUCCAAGUAUUUCUCUAGCAACAAGCUUUGGAAACUGCAAAGUGAAGUGCAACUGGCACUUGUGUAAUAAAUGCUGCACAUUUAUCUUUAAAUAAAUCUCAUGAGUACAGAGCACUAUUUAUAGUUACUAACUGUUACUAAGUGUUCCCUCCAAAAAUGUGAAACUAUCCAGAGCCAAAACCUCUCACAGGCCAGUUGUCUCUUCUGUGAUCUGUGAAAUGACACUUUCCUCUUAUGGAAAAGAAAUCAAUUUAAUCCCAACGGGCAAAAUUAGGUCACGUAAAGACAUACAAUUAUUUCUUCGAUGUGGUAAAAUUGUAACUUAAGUACAGGCUUGCCUUUUUGAGGGUUAAACUUUUUUUUGGUCUUUUGUAGGGAGAUAAAUAAGAGAAUAUUGUUUUUCACAGCUAAAUUCCAUGCUCCUAAAACUUAGUAUCAGUUUCUCCGGGGUUUAAACGACAUCUGUGCUAUGCUUUUCCAAAAACUUCCCUUGUUCGUGCCCCAUUUUCAUGUUUCAACCGGCGGAAAAGAUAAACGGGACAAUGCUACCUUGCAAACACAAAAAACUGUAUUGCAACAGAGUGUAAAAACUAAAUCAAGAAAAAUCAUUGUCAUAUCAUAUUUUAGUGCUUCACUGUGAUGUGUCAUUUUGGCCAGUAAAGUCAUUUAAUUAAAGCUCUAAUUAGAAAGAUUGAAGCCUGGAAAUAUAACCUAAAUAUAACCUAAAUGAAACAGUGUCUAAAUUUUAAUUUAAAAAAAAAAGAAAUGGCCAAAUGAUGGUUUUAUUUUCCUAUUUUAGAAUCAGAUUUCUACUUUCAGAGCAUUUCAGAGUCUAUUCUAUUAUGUUAUCAGUUAAGUCAUUAAUUAAUCCAAAACGUUUUGUUUGAUUUACAUGAUGUUUGCUUUUAUAUUCUUUUUAUUAACAGCAGAGUUCUCUGACCAUUUCUCACAAUCGGUGAGAAAAUACAGUUCUCAGUUGUGAUUUUUUUAUUUUUUAUUUUUUAUUUUUUUUAAUAAAAUGGUUGGUUUUAUGCUCUCACUCACUUUAACAAGUUACCUCACCGUUCACCUUUCCAAGUAUUUUUAACAAGUGAACUCCUACUUAGCAGAGUGAUAUAUCACCUCAACUAAUCAAUACACUUAGAUCACUUAAAUGUUUUGUUGUCUUUAUUACACUGAAUUCAUUAUAUUCAUUACUUCAUUAUUUCUUGCUCACAAUUUUUUGAAUAAAGAUGAUUGAAAUGAA